CGCGAGUGGCGGGCCCGGCCCUCCCCCGUCACGUGUUGGAGGACCGCGGCGUGGAGGCCCCGGUGGCGGUAGCGACGGCAGAACGUCGGGCAGUCGGAGGGUUUCCGGUUCCGGUGUAACGUUCGGGCUCCGUCUCAGGGGCUGAAGUUUGUGAGGUGCUGUAUAGAACUCCGUUUGAGCCAGCCUCCUUUUCCUGAAGAAUGGCGCUGUCGAAGAGGGAGCUGGAUGAGCUAAAACCAUGGAUAGAGAAGACAGUGAAGAGGGUACUGGGCUUCUCGGAGCCCACAGUCGUCACAGCAGCACUGAACUGCGUGGGGAAGGGCAUGGACAAGAAGAAGGCAGCUGACCAUCUGAAACCUUUUCUUGAUGAUUCUACUCUCCGAUUUGUGGACAAACUGUUUGAGGCUGUAGAGGAAGGCCGAAGCUCUAGACAUUCCAAGUCUAGCAGUGACAGGAGCAGAAAACGAGAGCUAAAGGAAGUGUUUGGUGAUGACUCUGAGAUCUCCAAGGAAUCAUCAGGAGUAAAGAAGCGACGGAUACCCCGUUUUGAGGAGGUAGAAGAGGAGCCAGAAGUGAUCCCUGGGCCUCCUUCAGAGAGCCCUGGCAUGCUGACUAAGCUCCAGAUCAAACAGAUGAUGGAGGCAGCAACACGUCAAAUCGAGGAGAGGAAAAAACAACUGAGUUUCAUCAGCCCCCCUACACCUCAGCCAAAGACUCCUUCUUCCUCUCAACCAGAGCGACUUCCAAUUGGCAACACUAUUCAGCCCUCCCAGGCCGCCACUUUCAUGAAUGAUGCCAUUGAGAAGGCAAGGAAAGCAGCUGAACUACAAGCCCGCAUCCAAGCCCAGCUGGCACUGAAGCCAGGGCUCAUUGGCAAUGCCAAUAUGGUGGGCCUGGCCAAUCUUCAUGCCAUGGGCAUUGCUCCCCCGAAAGUUGAAUUAAAAGAUCAAACUAAACCUACACCACUGAUUCUCGAUGAGCAAGGUCGCACUGUAGAUGCAACAGGCAAGGAGAUAGAGCUGACACACCGAAUGCCUACUCUGAAGGCCAAUAUUCGUGCGGUGAAGAGGGAACAAUUCAAGCAACAGCUUAAAGAAAAGCCAUCAGAAGACAUGGAAUCCAAUACCUUUUUUGACCCCCGAGUUUCAAUUGCCCCUUCCCAGCGGCAGAGACGCACUUUUAAAUUCCAUGACAAGGGCAAAUUUGAGAAGAUUGCCCAGCGGUUACGGACAAAGGCUCAACUGGAAAAGCUGCAGGCAGAGAUCUCACAAGCAGCUCGAAAAACAGGCAUCCAUACUUCAACUAGGCUGGCUCUCAUUGCUCCUAAGAAGGAGUUAAAGGAAGGAGAUAUUCCUGAAAUUGAGUGGUGGGAUUCUUAUAUCAUCCCCAAUGGCUUUGACCUUACAGAGCAAAAUCCCAAGAGAGAAGAUUAUUUUGGAAUCACAAAUCUUGUUGAACAUCCAGCCCAGCUCAACCCUCCAGUCGACAAUGACACACCAGUUACUCUGGGAGUAUAUCUUACCAAGAAGGAACAGAAGAAACUUCGAAGGCAAACAAGGAGGGAAGCACAGAAGGAGCUACAAGAGAAAGUCAGGCUGGGCCUGAUGCCUCCUCCAGAACCCAAAGUGAGAAUUUCUAAUUUGAUGCGAGUAUUAGGAACAGAAGCUGUUCAAGACCCCACGAAGGUAGAAGCCCAUGUCAGAGCUCAGAUGGCAAAAAGACAGAAAGCGCAUGAAGAGGCCAACGCUGCCCGAAAACUUACAGCAGAACAGAGAAAGGUCAAGAAAAUUAAAAAGCUUAAAGAAGACAUUUCACAGGGGGUACACAUAUCUGUAUAUAGAGUUCGAAAUUUGAGCAACCCAGCCAAGAAGUUCAAGAUUGAGGCCAAUGCUGGGCAACUGUACCUGACAGGGGUGGUGGUACUGCACAAGGAUGUCAACGUGGUAGUAGUGGAAGGGGGCCCAAAGUCCCAGAAGAAAUUUAAGCGUCUUAUGCUGCAUCGGAUAAAGUGGGAUGAACAGACAUCUAACACAAAGGGAGAUGAUGAUGAGGAAUCCGAUGAGGAAGCUGUGAAGAAAACCAACAAAUGUGUACUAGUCUGGGAGGGUACAGCCAAAGACCGGAGCUUUGGGGACAUGAAGUUCAAACAGUGCCCUACAGAGAACAUGGCUCGGGAGCAUUUCAAAAAGCAUGGGGCUGAACACUACUGGGACCUUGCGCUAAGUGAAUCGGUGUUGGAGUCUACUGACUGAGACUACUGCCAGCCCUUGCCUCCACCCUCUUGCCCAUGUCUCUUCAGUCCUCUCCCUUAUGCUACUUCCCAACCCAGCCCACUUGUGUGUGUGAUCUCAGAACGGUGCCACGCUGACUCUGGGACAAAGGGAGAACACAUUGCUCUCUUCCCCUGUCAGCCUGGGGCUGCCCUUUACUCCCCUUAUGUGUAUAUGAUUAAAGAGUUAUUUUUAAAA